AUAUACUGAUGAUAUAAACCACUCAAUAGUGGACGAUAAAACAUCGGCUUUGCCAUUUGCUAAGGUUCGGUUGCUAACGUCAAGGGUCCGCCCAACACGGAUGAGUUAGCUACACCCUCUGUUAGCAGUCCAAACUAUGCCAACCAUCUUUCAGGCCAACACGUUCUUUCAAAUCUUAUCGUUCUGCAUUGCUCAACACAUAAGUUUCACUAUGCACCUUUAGAAUAGCUCAAUGAGCAACUUCUGUGCAGCUGUGAGUUCUAGUGCAUCUAAUGGUGGGACUCAACAGCAGGAAACGAACAACUAAAAACUAAUCACAAGCCGACGACGACCACAUGCCCCUGGUGCCCCCUCCCUUGUCCUCAAAUAACCCCCCCGUACCCCCUUCCCCUUUUCAGUCAAAAGCCACAGCCCUUACCUUUGCUUCUUCGGCUGCCGAAAGAGCCCAGCUGCCAAGCUGUCGGACAUGUCAGGACCUGUGCCGAGCCGGGCCAGGGUGUACAACGAGGUCAACACUCACCGGCCGAGAGAGUACUGGGACUACGAAUCCCAUGUCGUGGAAUGGGGUAACCAGGAUGACUUUCAACUGGUGCGAAAGCUCGGCCGUGGCAAAUACAGUGAAGUCUUUGAGGCCAUCAACAUCACCAAUAAUGAAAAGAUUGUAGUCAAAAUCCUCAAGCCUGUGAAGAAAAAGAAAAUCAAGCGUGAGAUCAAGAUUUUGGAGAAUCUACGAGGAGGCCCGAAUAUUGUCUCCCUUAUAGAUAUUGUGAAAGACCCUGUGUCUCGUACACCCGCCUUGGUCUUUGAACAUGUUAACAACACCGACUUCAAGCAAUUGUACCAAACGUUGACAGAUUACGACAUCCGCUUCUAUAUGUACGAGAUCCUCAAGGCCCUGGAUUAUUGCCACAGUAUGGGAAUCAUGCAUCGAGAUGUCAAGCCACAUAAUGUGAUGAUUGAUCACGAACACCGCAAGUUACGUCUUAUUGAUUGGGGCCUGGCAGAAUUUUACCACCCGGGACAGGAGUACAACGUCAGAGUGGCUUCACGCUAUUUUAAAGGACCGGAGCUCUUGGUGGACUAUCAGAUGUAUGACUACAGUCUGGAUAUGUGGAGCUUGGGCUGUAUGUUGGCCAGCAUGAUCUUCAGGAAAGAGCCUUUCUUCCACGGCUACGACAACUAUGACCAGCUGGUGAGAAUAGCCAAGGUUUUGGGAACAGAAGAUCUAUACGACUAUGUGGACAAAUACAACAUUGAGCUGGAGCCUCGCUUCAACGAUAUACUCGGAAGACAUUCCCGUAAGCGAUGGGAACGCUUCGUCCACAGCGAAAACCAGCAUCUGGUCAGCUCCGAAGCUCUGGAUUUCCUGGAUAAGCUGCUGCGCUACGAUCAUCAAGCCCGUCUGACCGCUCGCGAGGCCAUGGAUCACCCCUACUUCUUCCCCAUUGUGAAGGAGCAGUCUCGCGGUGGAGUCGCCAACCUACCCGGUGGGAACCCGGCUGCUGUUAGCACAGCCAGCAUUAUCACCGGUAUUUCUGCCUUGCCAGCCUCUACUGCCCUGGGCCCACUCACUGGCUCGCCCGUCCUCUCUGCCAGCAACACUCUGAGCUCCCCGGUGCCCGCCGGAGCCCCCCAGUGACCAUUCAAAUGGAGACAGACAGGUGCAACACAUCUACAUCCAAACUCUGUGUGGCCGAGCCUCAUCCAAACCUUUUUUUGGGGGGGGGGGGAUUUGAUUCUUCUUCCUCAUCUCAGCCGAACAUGCUCACGUGACAUCCAAAAUGAAAGUCCUGUGUGGGCGAAAUGCACUCAUUUCUUAAAAUGCAGCCAUGCAUUCAAAAGGGAAACCGUGUAAUCCGUGGUGGUUUUGUUCAUGUCGUACUUUAACAAGUACUUUGACAGAAGGUGAUUGCCGUCAGGACCAAAAGAAGCAAACCUCCAAUUAACUUGGUUUGGCUUCUGAUAACUUUGAACAAAUUGCGUCUGGUGCCGUUUUGCGCUCCAGAUGCAGCGACAGUCGCGCUCGAUGGAAUAGCCGUAGCGAGCCAAGCGUCCUCAUGGGUGACGCUGGACGCGGCCCGCUAAAUACGAGUAGUCAUGGAUGUCUUGAGAAAUGCUGCUUUGUAGCUCCUUGACCAAAGUUUUUCCCCGUUUAUUUGAAAGAACAAACCGGGUUUGAUCCCAAUAGACAAAGGUCUUUAAACACUCAUGCAAAUCAGUUGCUCAUUCCCUGCGGGGGAACAGUGUUAAAAAAAAAAAAACAGAUGGCCAGAAAGAUUUGUGUCCCGUAUAUGGACGGACGGACGGACGGACGGAUGGAUGGAUGAUGCGGAGUUGCCAGUUGAGACAAAAACGGCACGCUCUCGAGCCCUGGGCACUGCACAGACGAUUCAAAGUAAUUUAAUACACUGGGGAAUGGAUUAUUAUGAUGGUGCAAAUGUACAGUGAACAAAAAGAGUUUUAUGCAUGGCAGGUGAGUAGUUUGCAUUAAGGGUUUUGUGGCUAUGCCAUGCCAAGCCAGGACAAGCCCCCCAACGGUUGACAAUGUGAGUGAGUAUAGGAACGAUUGUCGACAGGUGAGUUCAUUUGGAAUCAGCAGUUGAGCGCGUGUCGUGUCGUCUGGUGUGACUCUGCCGUACCGAACCGUAGCACUUGAAGGAUCUCGGUCUCCUGUGUUCUUGUGCCACAGUUUGAUGGUGUGACUUUUUGACCCUGCUGUACAUUUUUUGUAAACAUGGAAAUGCAAAUAAAUCAAAGUGUGUACAUUGA